AUGUCCUUAUCCUCUUUGCUUAUGGAGAAUGGAUCUGGUGAAACUUCGACAACUGGCAAAGAUAGCGAGCUUACAUCCAAAACAAGGUUCAGCAACUUUGGAGAUGGAGAUUGUGGGGAACCCUUCACACCUCAACAUUUGCAGCUAGAUUUCACUCCUAAUCCUGAGGUAGACACAGCCUCUGAAGAACAAAAGAUCAUCGACUUCUGGGAUUUCGUCAAUAACACGCCUGAGAUACAACAUCUUAUGGUGAUGCCGGAAAACCAGCCCUCGUUAAUGCCACAGAGAACUGAGGGCCCGGUUUCUUCUCCGCCAGAAAGUAAACCAAAUAAAGAGAAAAACUUGGAAAUGGAUCAAUCUGCGAUCUCGUCGUUAGAAAUAUAUAAUAGUAGCUCAGGCAGUCAUAAGCCGGGAUCAAAAAUGGACAACUCUACUGAUUUCAUAGACCAUGAAUUUCUCGAUGAUAAUAAUGAUGAUGAUGAGAAGACAGCUAUCGCGAUGUUGCAGUUUGCUGAGGACAAAAAUCUAAUAAAUCGCAUUUUUGGAGCAAAGAUGCCAUCAACACAAUGCUCACUUGGCCCUCGUGAGUAUGUAGAGGACACUAAGCCAACAAACCCGAAGAAAAAGGAGGAAAAGAAGAAGAAAAAGAAGAAAAAAGGUCUAGGUCCAAGUACGUCAAGUCCCUCGGUGCCAUGUCCUCAGAACGCAUCGGAUGUCCCUAAUAAGAAGCCCUCUAAAGCAAAUAGUUCGGGACUGAGUCUCCUGAGCCGGCAGCUGAACGAUUGGGACACAAAGCACUUCAAGUAA